AGCAAGGUGGAGAGGGUAGUGAAGGUCCCAGAGCCGCCAUUACCGCCCGCACCAGCUGCUCAACGUUACUACAACUUUCGUCAUUUUCAUCAGUAUUUCAAUGUUUUCGUCUUAUACGUGCUUCCUCGGAUAGCUCAACAUGAAUCGUCAGAGAGGUCAUCAGCAGAACAACGCUUACCAUAAUAAAGGCCGUGGUAGACAUUUCGAUAACAGUUAUAAUGAGGCCCAUACUAGCCAGAAAUAUGAACAGGGGACCCAUUCAGGCUGGGAUAGAAACAAUCAUAAUCAAACCCAUACUAGUAGGAAAUAUGAACAGAGGACCCUUUCAGACUGGGAUAGAAGUACUCCUAAUCAAGCUCACACUAGUCGGAAACAUGACCAGUGGACCCAUUCAGAAACGAACUGGAAGUGUCAGAAAUGCCAUUGUUCCAACUUCUCAAACAGAACCUAUUGCUAUAAAUGUGGAAAUUCAAAAGACAGCAGGCCCUGCACAUAUGUCCCAGUGCAAUGGAAUAGGGAAGCAGGCACUGGGUGGAAUGAAGAUGAAGAUAAAUAUAGAAAGAAAGAUACAGAUACAAGUAAUUAUGAACCACCAGUCGAACAACUGAUUGACUGGGACUCGGUUUAUGAAGCGAAUGACAAGUUUGAAGCUGAGCGUUGGGCUCAUCUUCCACCUUUACAGAAAACCCUUUACAUAGAAGAUCCUGAAGUGAAAUUGAUGAGCGAAAAGGAAGUUCAAGAUUUCAGGUUUGUAAAUGUGCAGGGUUCAUGGCAUUGUUAUAGGAGAAAAACCUUGGCCUUUAUUCUGCCAGCUCUGUUACACAUUGUUGCUCAGCCAACUCCUCGUUUGGAACGUGUUGGACCAACUUGUCUUGUUCUUGCUCCAACUCGCGAAUUGGCUCAGCAAAUUGAAAGGGAGGUAUUGAACUAUCAGUAUAAAAAUAUACAAUGUGUGUGCAUUUAUGGUCAGGGGGAUAAGCAUCAGCAAAUUCGGAAGAUAAAUACCAAGUCAGAAAUUGUUAUUGCAACUCCAGGGAGGUUAAAUGACUUUGCUGAGAAAGGUAAGAUUGCCACAUGGCCUGAAGGUGUUAGAGACCUGGCCCAGAGUCUGCUGAAGGAUCCCAUGCAUGUUGUUGUUGGGAGUUUAGAUCUUCAAGCUGUGCACACAGUGACUCAACAUGUGGUUUUCUGUACAGAAGAUGAGAAGAGGAAUGAACUACUGAGGUUUAUCAGAAGUAUGUCAAAAGAUGAAAAAGCUAUUGUUUUUGUUGGGAAAAAAGUUACAGUGGAUUAUCUUUCAGUUGAAAUGCUGGAAAAUGGAUUGUGUGUGCAGAGUAUGCAUGGUGACAGAGAUCAGUGUGACCGCGAACAAGCACUAAAUGAUUUAAAAACUGGUAGAGUUAAAGUUCUCAUUGCUACUGAUGUUGCUGCAAGAGGAAUUGAUGUCACUGAUGUUACACACAUUCUGAAUUAUGACUGUCCAAGAGAUAUGGAGGAGUAUGUACAUAGAGUUGGACGCACAGGCCGGGCUGGUCGCAUUGGCAUUGCUUACACGCUGGUCACAAGAGAAGACUGGAGGAAUGCUGGAAAAUUAGUAAAUAUCUUGGAGAAGUCAAAUCAGGAGGUCCACCCUGAAUUACACCGCAUGAAGGAACGUUGGGAGAAAGCCAAGGCUGAAAAAGGUCUGCGUGAAAGAACAGGGCGCUUUGGAAAUAAGGCCUUCCAGAAUUAUAAAAAAUUUUGAUUUUUUCCUGGAUACAGAGUUCCAUUAUCUCUAAAAUAACUUCAGUGAAGGACACUGCUGAUUAUCAAACUUUUUUUAUGAAAAAGUUACUUUAAUUUAUAGCUAUAUUUUUUUUGUGAGUUAUUUAUGAAGUCGGUUGAAUUCCCUAAGGAAGAUUGUAUAUAAACCUAACAAAAGAUUUCCAAAGGUAAUUGGUUAUUUAAAGUUGUGAUAAAUAAAAUAAAGGUAUUUUUUCAUUUAUAGAAUCACG